GGGCGGCAGCUGGCAGCCCCCCGCCCACCAUGCCUUCCUCCAAGAGCGAGAGCGAGUUCUGGAUCGAUGGAUCCCACCGGGAGGCGGCACUGGAAGAUUUCUACGUCGUGGGCCCCGAGCUGGGACGGGGAGCCACCUCUGUGGUGUUCAGCUGCCAGGAGAAGGGCACGGGAGCUCCCUACGCUGCCAAGAUCCUGAAGAAAACGAUCGACAAAAAGAUCGUGAGGACGGAGAUCGGGGUCCUGCUGCGGCUCUCGCACCCCAACAUCAUCAAGCUGAAGGAGAUUUUCGAGACGCCCUCGGAGAUCGCGCUGGUGCUGGAGCUGGUGACGGGGGGAGAACUCUUCGACAGGAUCGUGGAGAGGGGGUUCUACAGCGAGCGGGACGCGGCGCACGUGGUCAAACAGAUCCUGGAGGCGGUUUCGUAUUUGCACGAGAACGGAGUCGUGCACCGGGACCUGAAGCCGGAGAAUCUGCUCUACGCCGACCUGUCCCCCGACGCACCCCUGAAAAUCGGUGACUUCGGGCUCUCCAAGAUCCUGGAUGAGCAGGACACGAUGAAAACCGUGUGUGGGACGCCGGGGUACUGCGCCCCCGAAAUCCUGCACGGGUGUCCCUACGGCCCUGAGGUGGACAUGUGGAGCGUGGGGGUCAUCACCUACAUCCUGCUCUGUGGUUUCGAGCCCUUCUUUGACCCGCGGGGGGAUCAGUUCAUGUACGGCCGCAUCCUCACCUGCGACUACGAGUUCGUGUCCCCCUGGUGGGACGAGGUGUCCCCGAACGCCAAGGACCUGGUGAGGCGGCUGCUGGCCCCGCAGCCCCGGCACAGGCUGACGGUGCAGCAGGCCCUGCAGCACCCCUGGGUGACCGGCACGGGCGCCAAGCUGGCCCACAUGGACAGCACCCAGCGCAAGCUGCAGGAGUUCAACGCCAGGAGGAAGCUGAAGGCCGCCAUGAAAGCCGUGGUGGCCUCCAGCCGCUUGGGCAACCACGGCCACCACGACUGCUCCCGCAGCGGCCGCGGCCAGGGGGGACCCCGGGGGCUGGCCCAGCCCGGGGGCACCAGGAGCCCCGAGGGUGGCACGGGGCGCAGCGUGUGCCCGAGAGACCAGCGGGCUGUGUGCCCGAGUGACCACCACGGUGUGUGCCCGAGUGACCAGCGGGCUGUGAGCCAGAGUGACCACCAUGGUGUGAGCCAGAGUGACCAGCGGGCUGUGAGCCAGUGUGACCACUGGGCUGUGAGCCAGAGUGACCACCACGGUGUGUGCCCGAGUGACCACCGGGCUGUGUGCCAGAGUGACCACCGGGCUGUGUGCCAGAGUGACCACGGAUCAACCUGGGAUAGAGGAAUGUGUCCCUGCCCCUGCAGGGGAAUGAGUGACCACCAUGGUGUGAGCCAGAGUGACCACCACGGUGUGUGCCCGAGUGACCACCGGGCUGUGUGCCAGAGUGACCAUCAUGGUGUGAGCCAGAGUGACCACUAUGGUGUGAGCCAGAGUGACCACAGGGCUGUGUGCCAGAGUGACCACCGGGCUGUGUGCCAGAGUGACCACCACGGUGUGAGCCAGAGUGACCACCACAGAGUGUGCCAGAGUGACCGCCCGGCUGUGUGCCCGAGUGACCACCACAGAGUGUUCCAGAGUGACCACCGCAGCAUGUGCCAGAGUGACCACCGGGCUGUGUGCCAGAGUGACCACAGGGCUGUGUGCCAGAGUGACCACCAUGGUGUGAGCCAGAGUGACCACCACGCCCCAGUGGCCCCAGUGUUCCAGAGUGACCACUCCACCGUGUUCCAGAAUGACCAUUCUGCUGUGUCCCCAGUGCUACAGAGUGACCACUCCAAUGUGACCCCAGUGGCCCCAGUGUUCAGAAGUGACCACCCUGCUGUGGCCCCGGUCGCCACGCUCCAGAGUGACCACCCCACGGUGUUCCAGAGUGGCCACUCCAACGUGACCCCAGUGGCCCCGGCGUUCCAGAGUGACCACCCCACCACGCUCCAGAGUGACCACCCUGCUGUGUUCCAAAGUGACCGCUCCAACGCGUCCCCAGUGCCCCAGAGUGGCCACUCCACCGCGUCCCCAGUGGCCACGUUCCGGAGUGACCACCCCACGGUGGCCCCGGUGGCCGUGCCAGGCUCCGGCUGUGACAGUUAA